CUUUAUGGUGCGCUACGUAGUCAAGGCUGUUACCCGUCCGUUGCUAAUGAACCGUAGACACGGCAAUUAUUUAAAGCAGUGCCCGAGACACCACUGCAUGCAUUUUCAAAGAAGGGAAACGAACGGUUAAUUUCGAUACAUUGUAUUAUCCGUUCACUGCAAGCAUACACAUAGACAUGGAUGUAAAAACUGGAGCUUGGACUGGAGAAGAGAACGCCACUCCUGAAGUACAAGAAAUAUGUGAUAAGGUAAAAGACCAAGUAGGGAAGAUGACUGGUGUAGACUCCUUUGAAAUGUACAACGCUCUUAAGUACAGAAGUCAGAUUGUUGCGGGAACGAAUUAUUGUGUAAAGAUCCAGAUCAACUCUGCUGGGGAUUGCGAUCAUGUGAAAAUCUUCCAAGCUCUUCCAAGCAGCGGAGGGAAACUACAGGUUGAGGAUGUACAAACCAAAAAAACGAUUCCGGAUCCAAUACAGGUUUAAUAGAAGAGAGACGGGAUCGCGUAAACAUGCAGAUUGUAGAAUACAGAAACAAUUCUCACAAUCAUUUCACUUAACUAUAUAAACUAAAUGCUUGAAAUUUUCAUUGGUUUCUGGUGCACAAUUAUACAACUUAUUUAUAUGCAAAGAAUAUGAUUUAAAAACUGAAUUGACAUUAUUUCGUAAUUUACAGUAGAAAGAGUGAUACAUUAGUGAUUUUCAUUAAAAGCAUAAUUAUGACUGAAAAAUUGGUAGAUAUGUUUAUGUAUAAAUUAUUCAAUCUGCAAAUUUUAAUCUUCAGUUUUGGUGCUCCAUUUGAAUGUUGUAUAAUGCAUAUUCUGUAACAAUAAGUUGAUAUAUAAAACAAUAGCCAGUGCAUGGUUUACAUUUAUUUUUCAGUCUCAGAGUUGUCCUUUAUUACACAUUAAAAGUUUGUGUUUUGUUGUAUUGAUACUAUAUGCAUAUUAUAUCAGUCUAAUAAAGCUGUUAUGUGAGAAA